AUGAUCCUGUCUGAAAUAGCUAAACUUUACGAUCCUCUUGAACUCAGCGCACCAUUGGUAUUCUGGGCCAAGGUGUUAAUGCAAGAAUGGUGGAAGAUUACAGAUCUCCAAUGGGACGACCCUCUACCAAAACCAUUACAAGAAAAAUGGAUGACUUUCCGCAAGCAGCUCAAUGUUUUAGUGGAAAUCAAAAUACCAAGAUGUGCCCUCCCUCCGAAUGCCGUCGCACUGGAACUUUAUGGAUUCGGGGACGCGUCUGAGCUCGGUUUCGGAUGUUGCAUUUAUCUAAGGGCUUUUGAUCAAAUUGGCAACUACACCAUAAAUCUUUUGUGCGCUAAAUCUAGAGUCGCGCCGCUGAAAAAGACUACCAUUCCAAGACUGGAACUUCAAGCCGCGCUCCUACUAGCGGAGCUCGCCGCUAAGGUGACCGGCGCAAUAGCAUUGGUCUAUCGACUCAUCUGCCUCUGGACGGAUUCAACAAUUACUCUAUAUCGUAUUCGAUCGCAAUCAAGUCGCUAUACAACCUACGUGGCAAAUAGGAUUGCCCGCAUACAAGAAUUGAGCACGCCGGAGCAAUGGAGGCACGUUCCAGGCGAACUGAACCCAGCGGACUUGGUAUCUCGGGGCCUUCUACCAGAGGCUCUCAGUAAGACAGAUAAUUGGUUUCACGGGCCUGCCUUCCUAAAGUACGAAGAAUCCGAAUGGCCAUUCCUACGGCUAGAGCGGACGGAAUCCAACGACCAGACUGACGAGGAAUUGAAAAAGACCAUCAACGUAUCUUGCAUAGCGGCGGUAGCGGAUCCCGUGAUGAAUUACUCGAGCUACACGAAAACGUUGCGAAUCAGUGCCCGUUGCCGCAGAUUCGUUGCAAAUUGCAAAGCGACGCGAGACAGAAGAGACUAUGGCCCUCUAUCAGCCUCCGAAUUGAAUGAGGCCUUGCUGGGAUUGAUAUGA